AUGCCUGCCCACUGUGAACUGGUAUUUCAUAUCGGUGCUAAUUGUCAAUCAACGUCACGAUGUGAAACAUUAAUGGAUUUGAUUAUCAUUCUUGAUUCAUCUGGAAGUAUUGGUACAACUGCUUUUCAACAGGCAAAGAAUGCCACGGCUGAACUUGUUGGAAAAUUGAACGUUGGUCCAAGAAAAGUUCACGUUACCGUUAUUAAUUAUUCAUCGACAAUUGAGAUACCCGUUGUAUUCAAAGAUGUUUUAGUCACAGGUUUUACAAUUCAGCGAAUGAUACAAACAAUUCAAGCUAUCAAGUAUUUAAAUUCUGGUACUAAUACGGGCGAUGCAUUAAGACAAGCUUGGCAAACAUGCGAUCAAAUAUUUCGCGAUGCAAUGGCUGGCAGUGCUGAAUUAAAGUUAAUUGCAUCUCAUCCGUGGUAUGUAUUAAAUUUACAAAAUUAUUUACAACUGACGCAAGUCAUCAAUAAUAUAACAAUGAUAGCUUGUGAUUUACCUGUGUUUGUGAGAGCGAAUGAAAAAAUUGAAAGUGAAGUAAGUGCCAAUACGUAUCGUUACUAUCAAAUGGAAAUAAAUGAUUUCAUGCGUGACUUGAAAGGUCAAGGCGGAUACAUUGAAAUUGUGACGAAUAUCAGGCAAGGUCAAGUGUCAGUAUCUACAUCGACAACGAAUACAAAUCCGAAAUUAGGAAAUGGAAAACAACUAAACAGUCGACAACAGGCGGGCAAUCGUUAUGUACAAACCUACUUUGAAUAUAUUAUCUAUAACUUAUAUACUACUACCGAUGAAGAUUUAGCACAAUUGGAUGUAAUGCUACAAGAGCAUAGUGUAGGAGUAGUGUCUUCACAGACUGGUAGUAACGAUCGAGCUCCGUCUCCUGUUAGGAGUGAAAGUUUAAUUUUCGGCACAUCAGUUACGCCUAAAAGACAUCGUGGAUUGUAUAAUGAACUUGAAAAUGGAGAAGUCGAUGAUAAUGAGUAUUCUGUACCAGGCGUAAUAAUGAAAAAUAAUUUUCCAUUGGUUUAUACGUUGCCAAAAGUUGAUCCAUCCUUCGAAACAGCAGCUGCCACUCCGGCAUUGAGAGAUUUCGGUCCUCGGUGUUCGAAACGUAUUUAUUUGAUCAAGAUUAUUCAUGAUGAUAUCAUUAACACCUACGGGCCAGAUUUUUAUCCGUCUGGAGUUCAAUUCGACAGAAUCGAUCCACAUUCAACUAGUUUAUUUAGUAUUUCAUUGAAACAAAUGUUUAGUCGUGAACGACGCAAUUGUCUUUCUCCAAGUACAUUGAUUGAAAAGAAAAGAGAGGCUUAUGGUCAUUCGAACGCUGGUCGUCCUCUGAGAGUUAUGAAAUUGGAAAGAACUGGACGAAAGUUAAGGAGAGAUGCUAAUCGUUUAACGUCUCCUUAUUAUGAUGAUAUUAUUAAGUCAGUUGAAUUACGGUUUCGACAAUUAGGUCAGUCAAUUGGUGGAAAGCUCAGUGUCAGUUUAGGCAAAGAAAAUAUUGGUGAUGAUGAAUUACCAUUAGCUACAGGUGAAUUUAUGUUACUUAGAUUUAAAGAGCCGAAAAGGCUAUUAUUUAACAAUAACCCUUUGACACCCUUUCCAACAAUAUCAUCGGAAAUUAUUAAUAAUAAUCGUAGUUACGUUAUUAUUACCGAAACAGUGAAAUUAAUUACGACGACGAGUCAAUGUAUUGCUGUGGCAGCUUUAAUGGCUGUAUAUGAAAUUUUCAAUAUCAGUUAUCCGAAUAAUACGAAGAUGACUCUUCAAACAGUCAAUGGUGUUCUAUUUAAAUCAAGAGAUUUUAAUUUGUCACUUGGUUCUCAACGUUUUCUAGAAUCAGUAAGUUUAGAGAAGUUAAAAUAUCUGUUAAGUGAGCACGAGAUAAGGUUAGAGUAAGAUCUAAAUAAUA